GUACUAUCCAAACUUAUGCCAGAUGUUAUUUGGAUAUCCAACAAAUAACUUGCAACAAAAUGUGGUAUUUUGCUAAAUUCAACAUAUUACUUACCAGUUUGGCCGUAGCCUUUACUUGCAGCUCAGCGCUACGUAUGCACGGUGAACCUUACGAAGGAUUACGCUACCGUAACACACGACCCACCCAGACCAGUCGUAAUGCAGGCGCGACUGGACGCAUUGUUGGAGGACAAGAAGCUAUAGAAGCGUCAGCUCCCUGGCAGGUUACAAUACAAAACAUCUACGGCAAUCACUUUUGCGGUGGCGCGAUCAUACACGAUCGAUUUGUGGUGACUGCGGCAAGUUGUGUCAGUGGACUACAAAAGAGUUGGAUCCAAGUGGUGACCAGCACCAAUGAUUGGAUGGGCUUGGCAUGGAAAUACGAUGUAUCGGCGAUAUAUGUGCACUGUAAUUUCGAUAAGCCCUUAUAUCACAAUGAUAUCGCGCUCUUAGAGCUAGCCACACUUAUCGCUUAUGAUGACCAGACAAAGAACAUCACAGUCGCUGAUGAGGACGAGUUGGUGGAGGGUGAAACACUUACGAUGACCGGUUGGGGUAGCGCGGUGGAAGGAGGAGAUUAUCCUAAUGCAUUGCAACAGUUGAGCGUGCAGUAUUUGUCCAAUGAGAAGUGUCGCAGUGCUUAUGGGUAUUCAGAGGAUGUGGAUAUGGGACAUUUGUGUACCACUUCGCCAGUCGGCAAAGGCGCAUGUCAUGGCGAUACUGGCGGUCCGUUGGUCAAUGAGAAAGGUCAACUCGUCGGUAUCGGCAAUUGGGGUGUACCAUGUGGUCGCGGUUUUCCCGAUGUAUUUGCUAAAAUGUCAUAUCAUGCUGACUGGAUACGCUCAACCAUAAAUGGCUGUCAACAAACUUAAGAAAACAUUAUUCAUAAAUUGUUAAAAGUGAUACUCUAAAAUCUACAAUUGUUUGUGGAUUAACUAUAAAUAAAACCUGAACUACCUGGUUUGUAGUUUUCUUUCAAGGAAUCUGUAUAUAAAUAUAUAUGUACACCUAUACAUAUAUGAUACGUUCAGAAUGUGACUCGUAUAUGUUUAGAGGUCUAUUCCAUAAACUUUGUACUUUUUCUGGCUUUAUAAAUAUACAGUCUUCUCCGCUAUAUUGGAAUCUUUCGAAAAUAUAUUGCAUAAAAACGUU